AUGAACCCAGUCACUUUGUAUCCGCUGACGGAGAAAGGCUCCAGGAAACCCAAAUGCGCCAGAUGUCGAAACCAUGGAAUGGUUUCCUGGUUAAAAGGCCACAAACGUCAUUGUAAAUUCAAGGACUGCGCAUGUCAAAAAUGUAACUUGAUUGCCGAACGUCAACGUAUAAUGGCGGCACAGGUCGCACUAAAACGACAACAGGCGGCUGAAGACGCCAUUGCGUUAGGGCUGCGGGCAUGUGCUCAAGACCACAUAAAUCCCGUGAUGACGUCGGGUCCUUUGUGGGGCCCUGGCACAGUGUCCCCACCCCAAGGUGAAACGGAAGGAAGGGGUGAUGAUGAAGAUUCAAUCGAAAACACUCCGAAGAUUACCGAGGACAGCAGCGAAGAUGACCGAGUGGAAGCAUCAUCACCCGAAUCCAUCAACGACGUUACGGAAACACCCGAACGACCUAAACCUUACUCUCCUUAUACAUCACUUGCACGGGCACGUGACCUACCUCCUCCGACCCCGUUCCUUCCGGGUCACCUAAAUAACCUUGAGAUUUUGGAACGUGUAUUUCCCUUUCAACGGAAGUCUGUGUUGGAGCUCGUCCUUCAAGGCUGUAACGGUGAUCUCGUGAAAGCAAUAGAACAAUUUUUGUCAACGCAAGACACUUUAAUAAAUCAGCAGACGACACCUCGUCUGAAACAGGAUUUCCGGUCUCAUCCUUAUUUUGGACAAUUACCCCUUCACACCAUAAAGUCACUCAACGCUAAACUGCCCAGUGGUAGCAGCAUGCGAUCGGCAUUCACCCCGUUUUCAAACCCCGCACCUAUGGCCCAUACGGGUCUCCACUCAGCUUUUACGUCACAUGUUAACACAAUGUCAUGUGAUGCACUCAGAGCACAAAUGUUUCCUACAGGCAUGCGUUCCGGUGAUGUACUUCCGCCUUCUUCCCAAUUUCCUUAUCCUAGUUUUUCGCACUUGACUUCCGGUCCCCUGCCAGGUUUUAUGAGUAGCCCUUUCUCGUUGUAUCCAUACAGAACUGGCGUCACAGAUAUCAACUGUUUUAGGAAAACAGCUGAAAAGGCAUCCGAGCGAGCAGCUCUACAAGAAAGUAAUCAAAACGUGGAGAACUGGGAUGAAAGUGCGAAAGAACGUGACGUCGAAUAA